AACUCGGCUAAUCAGAUUUUGUUUAUUUGUUUCAUUAACGAAUUGCUUGAAAUAUCUGCCAACAACUCAACUCAAACCACACAACAACAUCAACAACAACAACAACAUCGACACACCACAAAACCACACUGCUUCCAACACCUCCAGUCGAGUUCCCAGGCCAGAAGCAGCGGUCACGACGAACUGGGCAACCUGCUCUGGCAGCAGGAUUCCUGUGAGUUCCUCGAGCAUUAUCCCUCCGAUUCCAGCUGCCCAGUGCCGCCCCUGCGUCACUGCCACGCCCCCGGGCAUGGGCAUGCCACCAAGACGCUGACCAGACGCAAUGCGGAUCUAUUUAGCGGAGAUCUGGGCAUACCCGAGAUCAACACUCACGUGGGCAGUGUGGUGCACACGUUCGAAACGCUGGCCCUGCAACGUCGCCUGGCGGAGGAGGAGGAUCGCCAUCCGGAGCGGGAGCUGAGUAAGUAUGAGGCCAACGGCGGCACCACCACCCAAAGCAAGUACAGCCAGCUGAAGCGCCGCUCGCAGGAGAUGCGCCAGCGGCUGGUGCAACAAUUGCACCGCCAGCGUUUGCAGCAGCAGCAACAACUGCAGCAGCAACACGAGCCACACCUGCAACAUCAGCAAAUCGCACGCUCACGAACACAGUCGCAGCCACAAAAGCAGCCAACCAUGCACGAGGGGGUUUUGACCAACAGUUGCAGCACCCAAACACUGGCCUCCAGCUUUUGGCAGCCAUCCCAGCGAGUGGAUCGCUCGCGGGAGCAACUGCAGCAGUCCACUUUCGAGGACUAUCGCAAGAACUUGUUCGGCACCCUGCGAAGACACGGCAGCCUCGAGGAUAAUGAUGAGUUGCAGGACGAGUCGUUCAUUGUGAAUGCGGCUUUUGAUGAGAUAUUCUCCUGCUACGAUGACGAGAACGAGGAUGACAAGGGCACACAGACGCAGACCAAUACCGAUGAUCUCUUCGAGGACGAGCAUAUGCUGGUCAGCCUGAGCGAACUUGAUGACGAGGUGUUUGCCAGCCGAGCGCAAACGGCCUCGACCACGCCCACCGCCAGUGCGGGAAUGGGGGCUGGGCGAACGCCCAAACACAGCACGCCCCAAUUGAACCUGAACAAGUAUACGGCUCCAUCGCCGCCUCGCUCCCGCACACUCACCAAUCUCUUCGAGCGUUUGAAGUCGCAGGACAGCAGGACGCUACAGAAGUAUGCUGCCGAUGGGGCGCUCAACAAGACAGAGGACUUCAAUAGAGGCUCCACCGUUAGUAAGUCCUUUGUCCAGCAGCUGAGAAAGCCCUCUCACAAGCAGAAACGAGCGCCAAGGCCACCGCCCAAGCCACAAUCCCGCUCCCAGGUGGCCAUUGCCCAUGUGACACCCCUCCGCAAAGCACUGAUCUUCCCCAAGCGAUCCAAGUCCUCCAGCGAACUACUCCUUGACGAUCUGAGCGUCCAGGCGCGUAAGUAUCAGCGAAAGAUAGAGCAGGGAUCAGCGCUGUAGACAGGAACAAUGGGCACCCAGUUAUGCACCUGUUUCUCACCUGUUGACCAGCCAUUUGCCCCCACCUAGAUAAUAAAUCGAUUUUUUCGCAUUUCCGUUUACCCAGAGGCGACGCUUUUGUAGAAUAAGUGACCCCCAAACCAAAAAGUAAACGACCCGACCCCUACCUUCGAUUCUGAUCAAGACCCUCUUAUCGAACCUGAACCCGAACCCGAACCCGAAUCCGAUGUAGAUGUGGAGCAAGUGCAGCUAUCCCGCCGCCAUAAUGGAAGACAAAGAUACGACCCGAAGCAAGCCCAAAGAGAAUUGAGCCAUACGAGGAAUAGAACCCGAAGAACUAAACUAAUUUCGUAAUUUACCGGUAGUUAAAUUAAGCCAAUUACUCGAAACUGCAUGAAAAUCAAAUCAAAAGAUGACUAACCAUAUUUAUAAAUACAACCAUAUACGAGUAUAAAUAUACAUACACAUUACUGUACAAAUAGGUUCGAAGAUGCCCCGAGAGCGGGUUAGAUAUGGAAAUAAAAAUCAAACGACAAUUCGUGCUCUCAGCCUAGUUAUUUACGAGUACACGUUUGUCUGUUCAAUUAUAAUUUAAAUUCAUCUAAAGAAUAUACCAUGCAAACGCGAUAUACAUCUUACAUUAUACGGAUAUAUAUAGCAUAUAACUGCGUCACUUGUUGUAACUUUUAGGAUAAUUGCAAGUCAAAGCAAAUGUCAACCAAUUACAAAAAGAAACAUUACUAACUCUUACCUGCAUGCAAUAAAAAAUCUG